ACAACCUUUUUGAUCGAAAAUGGGAGACGGCAAAAGGAGACUGACCGUUAUUAGCAUCUCCUCUUUAAUAUUGGUGGCGAUGGUGGUCGCUGUGACCAUUGGAGUCAGCCAAAACACCAGUGACCAAAGCACCGCAAAUCGCCAAGAGGUGGUCACCUCUGUCAAAGCCAUCCAGAACAUUUGCGAGCCCACCGAUUACAAGGAGGUCUGCGUUGACAGCCUAACCGCGUCUUCGGCUGGAAACACGACCGAUCCGAGAGAACUCAUCAGGGCUGCGUUCCAAGUGGCGAAGGAGAAGAUUCAGGAGGCUGCGCAGAACUCGAGUUUGUUGCAAGAGCUUUCCAACGAUCCGAGGACCAAGGAAGCGCUUGCAAAUUGCCGGGAUUUGGCUGAAUCCGCAGUAGUUGAUCUCGGGAGGUCUUUCGAUGACAUCAAACAGAUCGAUGGUAGCAGUUUUGAUGAAGUGCUUGCCGAUUUGAAGAUUUGGCUAAGUGGUGCCAUGACAUACCAAGAAACUUGCUUGGAUGGAUUUGAGAACACAACGGGUGAUGCUGGAGAGAAAAUGAAGGGGUACUUGCAAACAGCCAUGCAAUUGACAAGCAAUGGCCUUGCCAUGGUGGCAGAGAUCUCUAACGCGCUCUCGCAAUUGAACAUCCAAGGAUUCAACAGCCGCCGCCUCCUCUCCAAUGAGUUGCACGUUGUGAGGCAUGGCGGGUUCCCCCGUUGGAUCAGUGCAGGAACGAGGAAACUCCUUGCAAAAAAAUCGAAGAAGAUCAAACCCGACCUCAUUGUCGCCAAGGAUGGGACCGGGAAGUACAAGACCAUUAAUGAAGCCUUGAAGGAUAUCCCCGAAAAUAGCGACAAGACAUUUGUGCUGUAUAUCAAGGCAGGUGUUUAUGAAGAGAAAGUGCAGUUUAAUCGAACAAUGACACAUCUGAUGGUUGUAGGUGAUGGUCCAACCAAGACGAGGAUCACCGGCAAGUUGAACUUCAUCGACGGAACAUCCACCUUCCAUACUGCAACCGUCGCUGUUCUUGGAGACUAUUUCAUUGCCAAGGACAUUGGGUUUGAGAACUCUGCCGGUCCAGACAAGCACCAAGCCGUUGCACUGCGCGUUGGAGCCGACAUGUCAGUCUUCUACAACUGCCACAUGGAUGCCUACCAAGACACGCUCUAUGCGCACACCUAUCGUCAAUUCUACCGUGACUGUGUCAUUUCCGGAACUAUUGAUUUCGUUUUUGGUGACAGCGCUUCUGUGUUCCAAGGUUGUACCUUUAUCGUCCGAAAACCCCUGGACAACCAGGCAAACAUUGUCACGGCACAAGGAAGGAAGGAAAGCCGACAGCCGACAGGCAUUGUCCUCCAAAACUGCACCAUCACAGCAGAUCCAGAGUACUACCCUGUUAGGAACACACUAAAAUCGUACCUUGGGCGGCCGUGGAAAGAACAUUCAAGAACAAUCAUCAUGGAGUCGUACAUCGAUGAUUUGAUCCAGCCAGAUGGAUGGUUGCCCUGGAACGGAACCUUCGCCCUUGACACUUGCUUCUAUACCGAGUACAACAACAGAGGCCCAGCUGCUUCUACGUUGAACCGUACUCAAUGGAAAGGUGUGAAGGAACUCACAAAAGCCCGGGUAGAGCACUUCACAGCCGACCACUUCAUACUGGGGAGUACAUGGGUUCCUGCGACAGGGGUGCCCUACACUCCUGGCCUUAUUUUCCCACCACCACCAGACACUCCUAAGGCUAUAGAGUCGGAGAAAGAAGCUGACAGCUCGGAGAAGAAAACAUAUCGUAACAAGUCAGAUUAUGAAGCCAAAAAAGAAGAUGAUGACAAGAAAACGCAUCAUAAUCAUCAUCAUCAUUCAGAUCACAUAGCCUUACCACCCGUAAGCACAGCUUCUCCUAGCCCAGCCCCAGUCGUACCACCGGUGCCACAAACAGUCGCGGCUCUUCCAACCCCAGUACUCCUAUCGCCGGUGUCACAAACAGCUGCCCCGGCUCCUAGCCCGAUCGUGCCACUCAAAAAGAAAAGCAAAAAGAAAAGCAUAUUUGCGUUGUUUUCUUAGGCCGAUCUGAUUUUUUUUUUUUUGUCUUGGGGGAAUAAUUUUGUCUACCUAUUUCUAAAUAUUAUGGGUGGUUCUGUUGUUGAAAAAACAAGGUCGUUGUAAAGAGUUGAGAAAUCCAUGAAGAUGAAGAAUAUGGCCAUAGGCCAAAAAACUCAGGGAGUCAACAGCAAAGAAUGUAUUAGGCUAGCAAAUUGUAUUUUGAUUUGUUUGAUUCUUUCUUCCUUUUUUGAAUAAAUCCCUUUUCUUGUCAAAAUAAAGGUGUUAUAAUCACAGCUGUAAAUACCAUGCAAUUUUCUCAAUAUCAAUGAACAUGAGCAAAAAAUGCAAUUAAAUGUCCACUAUA